UAGGUUUUAUGGAAACGAUAUCGGUUUAGUGUUUACCUGGUCGAAAUUGGUUUAGGAGAAUGAUGGGGUUUCGAUAUUUCCUUAUUUAUAUGAGCGAUAGUAGUAGCCUUCAGUACUUGUCACCUAUCUUUCUCCACACGCAGAAACAAAAAACUCUCUCUCUUUCUCUCUCUUUGAAGUCUCUCUGUGGUGAAAUUGAGAAAAUCAGAAUGGUGAAAAAAGGAGGCACGAGGAGGAAAAUUGCGAUUGAGAUGAUACAGAAGAGAGAUUCUCUUAGGGUUACUUGCACCAAACGCCGUGAAGGUCUCUAUAGCAAAGCCUCUCAGCUUUGUCUUCUCUCCGGUGCACAAAUCGCUAUCUUAGCGACUCCUCCUUCUUCUGAAUCCAACGUCUCCUUCUACUCUUUCGGUCACUCCUCCGUUGAUGGCAUUGUCUCUGCUUUUCUCUCGGGAAAACGUCCUGUUCCUGUUCAGGAGGAUAACAAAGCGAUGAGGGAAGACGUUGGUAUAUGUUUGACUCGUAAGAAUCUAGGGUUAGGGUUUUGGUGGAAUAACGAGAGCCUUCCCAGAUCGGAGAAUCCCCAAGAGCUUAGUGACGCCAUCGAUUCCAUGUGGACGUUGUUGAGUAAUCUCAAGGAAUUGCGUGCGGAGGAAGCUUUAGUCAGUAAUCAAGCUUUCGCUAAUGAUCAUGAGGACCUGAAGAACAACGUGAAGAGAAUAAUUGUUUCAGACCACGGAACUCAUGAUCAAACCCUAAAUCUUCAGUCCACUUCUGCAAUUUGUUGCAUCCCUGAUGAUUUACCACAAAGUUUCAACGAGAUUAGUCAAGAGCCAGAUCAUCAAACCCUAAAUCUUCAGUCUAGUACUUCUGCAAUUUGUUGCGUCCCUGAUGAAUCACCUGCAACUUUCAACGAGAUCACUGAAGAACAAGAUCAGAUUCUCUCCAUUUGUGGAAGUUUUUGUGUUACGGACAACAACAGCAAUGCUUUAACUGAAGUAAACUUGAAUUAUGAUCAAGACAUGGAUAACAACAACAAUGCUUUACCUGAAGGAAACUUGGACUAUGAUCUGGAGAUGGAUACUGAUCAACUCAUUGAUUUCGAGACUAAUUUUGAAAGCUCCCUCGAUCAUUGGUUUUCCGAAAACACUCAUCAGGAACUUGAGGAGACUACUACUGCAACUCUUUUGACCAAUUCCGAAGCUGUUGUUGAUGAUCAUGUCUUGGUGGAUCCAAAUCUUUGUUCUGAUUUUGAGGGCCUUGAAGAUUCAGAUUUGGUGUUUCAGAGAUGUUUGGAUGGAGAUGAUCUAAGAUUCUCUGAUUUUUUCCACGACUUUGCAAACACUAUUUCUGCACUUUGAAGAUAAUCUCUCUGCAUCUUCUUUCAAAUUAACUUCUAAUUACUUCUUUAUUUGGUUAGAGAUAUGUCUUAUCGAUGUAAUGAAUGAAGUGUCUGGUUUGACCUCGAUCAGUUUUCCAUAGAUGAGGGAAAUUGAUCGAACUCAA